CUCUCCGACCUCCCCUUUAGCUCAUUAACCCCAUUCUUAAAGAACCCCCCGGCCAUUCCUUCUUCCCCAGAACAAAAAACCCCACUCUUGGAAGUUCAAAAUUGCACCUUUAUUCGACCGCACAGAUUUCGAGCUCAAGAUUGUGUUUUUUUCCCACAAAGAAACUUGAAAUGAAGCGGAAAAACGUUAUCUUUCUCACUUUGUUGCUGGGAAUUCUUCUAGCUGCUCGAGGAGCUUUCAGUCUGGUUGAUAAUGAUAAGUGGGCACUGCUUGACUUCGCCAACAGUAUCCGCCAUUGCAGAUCUCUGAACUGGAAUGAGAAGCUCUCGGUUUGCAUGAACUGGACUGGAGUGGGGUGCAAUGAAGAUGGGUCUAGAGUUAUUGCAUUGAGGCUGCCUGGGGUUGGGUUGAAUGGCCCAAUUCCUCCGAACACUCUCAGCCGUUUAUCUGCUUUGGAGAUCUUGAGCCUCAGAUCCAACGGUAUUUCUGGGACCUUCCCUCUUGAUUUUGGAAACUUGAAGAACUUGUCAUAUCUUUAUUUGCAGUUCAACAAUUUCUCUGGCCCUUUGCCUCCUGAUUUCUCAGUUUGGAAGAACCUCUCAGUUGUUGAUAUGUCUAACAAUAGGUUCAAUGGCACCGUCCCCGUUUCGUUGUCUGGUUUGAGUAUGCUCACCUCUUUGAAUCUUGCAAACAACUCAAUUUCAGGAGAAAUCCCAGAUUUCAAUUUGCCUAAUCUGCAAUUCUUGAAUUUUUCCUACAAUAAUCUCACUGGUAUAGUGCCCAAAUCACUAAGAAGGUUUCCUGGGACUGUGUUUGUGGGAAACAAUGUUUCUCUAUUUGAUGAUAAUGCCUCCUCAAGUCCAACUAUUUCUCUCCCUCAACAACCAACCUACGCUCCCGAAUCCAAGUGUUGGGAUUUUAAGCGCGUAAGAUACCGAAAAAUAUUGAGAACACCAGAAAAAUGAGAGAACAAACACAAGAAGAAUAUAUGAGAGAAAAAAUUAUAUUUCCACUAUUUCAGGACAAUAUACAAAAAACUCUCCCCUGUUUACAAGACUAAAUUUCAGACACUCAUAAACAGAUCUUUCCACAUCCUAUGCCCGGAUGUAUUUUUCCGAGUAACUAAAACCAGUAACUCCCUACACUCACCCACACUCACCAAGACCCCUUGGAUUUUCCCGGUGGUAUUCUUGUGUAGA